GCGAAAUAUCCACUAUAGCGCAUGUGCACACGGAAACCUCACGUCUAGUGUUCCUUGACACGCCACAAACUAAAUCGAUCUCAACCCCAGUGGAAAAAUGGCAAGACCAGGUCAGUUUUUCAAUUCACUACCUGGUCUCAUCGUUAUUUUGGCCUUUAUCACACUUUUUGGUGCACUGCUUUUCCAAAGAAUUGAAGGUCCGCAUGAGCGGCACUCAAGGAUACACGUUUCAAAAACAAGACAGAAGAUUUUCGUACUCGCCCAGCAACUGGCCAAAAAAGGUGCCAAUGCGGACUGGUCGAAAUUGGUAGCUCAAGUGGACCGCUAUCGAGAAAAGUUGUACGAAUCUUGGCAAUCGGGAACGGAUGAGCUCACGAUUGAUGUACCAACGAAAUGGUCCUUAUGGGGAAGUGUAUACUACUGUUUCACACUGUUUACAACGAUAGGAUACGGCGAUGUCUUUCCGUCAACGACUAUCGGCAAACUUUUGACGUUGGUCUACGGAAUGAUUGCCAUACCAAUCUGCAGCCUGUUAAUCAGCCGCAUUUCUUCGGGUCUUGUGAGGUUCACCAAGGCUAUUUACCUUAUGACUUUGGAGUCUUCAGGUAUUCCAGUCGGACUACGCGAAGCCUACAGUCGCACAGAUGCUAGUUUCAACUUUCGGGUGCUACCCUGCCUGCUACUAUUUUCGUUCUACCUUGUGUUUGGAGCCGGUGUAUAUUCCUACGUGACUGGAGGAAAGCCGGUGAAGUGGGGCAAAAUGGAUGCCAUCUACUUUGCCUUUAUCACUAUCACCACAGUCGGAUUCGGUGAUCUGGUGCCGGACAGAGACGCAUUCUUCGCAGUCCUAUCCAUAAUCUACAUGGUAGUUGGUCUAGCGUUAACAGGUAUAGUGUUCGGCCGCCUGACUGUUGCUUUCGACUUGUUCUUGUCCGGAUGUGGUCAGGCUACGCGAGCGGAACAAGCCACUCCUGCCGAAGCUAGUGGAGCAACGAAAACAGCACCAACGCAACAUCAUAAGCACGCGUAGAACGAUGAGAGAGGAGUGAUAAGAAGUCAGUAGUAGAAUGAUUUCGGAUUUACCUCCCGUCUGUUUUGCUUGAAUCUAAUCGACCUGCCAGAGUAAAAAAACAAACACUGACGAUAUCGUAGAACAGGUCGUUCUGUGUUCUGCCGAUACUGUUUUUUGUUUGCUACAACAUUGCCCAAACCAGUUAACUUUCUGCUUCCGAGAGCCUUUAACUGUACUUUUCUCGCCUUCACCCUUACAUCAGAAUCCUAAAAGACAAAUUUCGAAGGUGGCCUGUAACUUUUGUAACUAAAUUAAAGAGUCAU